CUUCACAGCUGACAGUCAAACAGCGCUUUCCAUCUUCAAAGCGGACAGACAGGAGCGCAACAACAGUCUGCCUGACUCCCCGACCGCAUCGCAUCUCCGUCCUGCCACACUGGGCUACUUUCUCAUCGCUCCCCUUAAAAACGGAUAAAGUAGGGAUUCCCGGAGCAAAACAGGUUUAAACUGGAUAAUUCCUCCAUGUUGGUAUGUUAUGUCCUAAUAAACAAAGUUGCCUGUCUCACCCGCUGAGCAAGAGAGACGAGCAGCGGAACUUUCAGGGGAGCCUUUCUUGCACCGGAGUAACCGCGGGGGCAGCGCGCUGGUCAUAACCCAGGAGGUCACAUCUACCGUCUGGCUCUGUGUCCCUCUAGCCCGGCUGCGGGGGUGGAUGGUAUGGUAUAACUUUUCGGCUCCAGUCGAAGCUGCGCGGCCGGUGUGAGAGAGGAGCCGUUUAAUGGUGCCGGAGAGGGGAUGCGAGCCUCUCCUCCGUCUCGGAUAGCGGAGCGGCUAUGAGGAGAGAGGUUCACCUGCUGGGCUAACAGAACAAGAGCACACUGCACCAACAGAAUGCGGGAACGAGGUCCGUGCAUUUGUGGAGUAGGUGUAUGGAGUCUGCUGCUGUCCCUCUGUCUGGCCUCCCUCACACAAGCACACAGGAGCCACACAGUGCAUGUGAAGGCAGGGACGUGUGAGGUGAUCGCGGCCCAUCGCUGCUGCAACAAGAACAAGAUUGAAGAGAGAUCUCAGACUGUCAAAUGUUCCUGCUUCCCCGGACAGGUUGCUGGCACCACUCGGGCCAUGCCCUCCUGUGUCGAUGCCUCCAUUGUAGCCCAGAAGUGGUGGUGUCAGAUGCAGCCGUGUAUGGAAGGCGAGGAGUGUAAGGUUCUCCCAGACCUCACAGGAUGGAGCUGCAGCACGGGCAACAAAGUGAAGACCACCAAGGUGACCCGAUAGUCCUGUCCAUCUACAAGAGCAGGUGAAAACGGCGGCGGAGUUACUUACACAGCACAAUGGACCUACCAGUGGUGAAGAAACACACUCAGACGGACUUCUACGCGGAACUAGUAAUUGUUUCAUUAUUCUGAGGAUACGGUGGCUGAAGAGAAAGGACUCUGACACUGUCUUCCUUCACCUUAAACACAGCUGAGUGUCCUUGGUCCUUUAUUGCAGAGGACUGCAUCACCCACAAUCCUUUACUGCUACUACAAACAACAACUUUAAAAAAAACUGUUACCUGAACUAUUACCUGAACAACACUGGAUUAG